AUGCCAGCUAUUUACUUGAAGAAUGGUGCUAACUCAGGUAAAUUACCUUCUAAAUCUUCUUUACCAAAAACCAUUCAAACAAAACCAUCAGCUAUACCACAGGUUCCUUCAAGCAAAACCAGGGUAGACUCAAAGUCUUCCACAAGAUCUUUAUCUGUGUCAUUUGCUCCAGAUGUUGCACACCAAAUUAAUACACCAUCGGUGUCUACUGAAAUUGUUUCGACAGCACCUUCAGUUAAUGUGUUAAAUAGAGCUCAAACUUUAUUCAGUGUAAGUUCUUUGAAGGACACAACAUCCGAUUUUAUUCAAGGUUCUAUACAGUUACCUCUCUAUGAUACAUUAUACAUGGGAAGUCCUAUAGCUAGUCCAUUGUUUACGGAUGCAGCUACUUCAUUCCCAUUUACAUCAUCAACAGACCUUCUAGACCCUGACAGUGUUUAUUUAGAUCAACUGUUUAGUAGAUCACAAAGUGCUCAAGAAAACAAUGGCUUCACAAGUUUACAAUCAGAAAACCACUGUGCGCGGACAGACAGUGUGCAACCAUUCCCGUUCUCAUCACCAAGACUGUUUAAUUCUUUCAACUGCAAACUUCUUCCACGGACUUUGGGUGACGAUAAAACUGGCAAAAAUUCUGCCUCAAAAUCACCACUUGUGUAUUCUGGAAUAGAAAAACAUGAUGAUAGGUCUGCACCUGUUUAUCAGUCAAGUAGACAUUUAUCUUUAGGGUCAAGGUCAACUUCCAGCAAUGAUGACAUGAAACCUCCAGCACCUGGUGGUAUAAAGAGGGCAGGACCAUACUUACUGGGACCGAGAAUAGGACCUCCCCCAAAAUUUGUAAUUUUUUUCAAAAUAUUGACAUUAGAGAAUGGAGGAUGUGAACGUCAGGAUGAUAGACAGGGUAAAAUGUUGAUACAUACAGAAUAUAGUCUCCUAUGUUUACUACGUCAUCAAGAUGGUGUUGUUCAUCAUCAUGGUCUCUUUAAGGAUGAGGCGUGGGAAGAGAGAGAGACCGAGGUCGGGAAUAAACCGGAAUAUACAGGACGACGCCGGAAGAGACUAUGUCUGGUGCUAGAUUGUUUAAUCCCUCAUAACUUCAGUGAUCAGAACAGUGAUCUUAUUAACCUUCAACAUUAUGUCAUCAAAGAAAAAAAAUUGUCUGAAAAAGAGGCCAUUGUCAUUUUCUUUGAUAUUGUGCGUGUUGUUGAAUGCUUACAUAAGAAAAAUAUUGUACACAGAGAUCUAAAGUUAGGGAAUAUGGUGUUAAAUAAGAGAAGUCGUAGAAUCACUAUCACAAAUUUUUGUCUUGGUAAACAUUUAGUCAGUGAGAAUGAUUUACUUCUUGAUCAGCGAGGUAGUCCAGCAUAUAUCAGUCCUGAUGUACUUAGUGGGUCGCCAUAUUUAGGUAAACCAAGUGACAUGUGGGCAUUAGGUGUUGUAUUGUUUACAAUGUUGUAUGGACAGUUUCCAUUCUAUGAUAGUGUACCACAGGAGCUCUUUAGAAAAAUAAAAGCUGCAGAUUUUAAAAUACCAAAUGAUAUGAGAGUAUCAGAAAACACCAAGUCAGUUGUGAAGAAGUUGUUAUUAAUGAGUCCCUAUCACCGUUUAACUGCCACACAAGUACUAGACUCUCUCACCACUAUCAUAGCAACAUGGAGAGCAAUGUCAGCCCCUGUAGGAACUCUACAAGUUGUUCCUGAUCUUGAUGAAGUAGAUGAUGAUAAAGAUGAGAAGAAAGAAUCAACACCCGCCUCUAACUCCGCCUCUAACUCCUCACAACGUCAUCUACAGUUACAACUACAAGCAGCCAAACGUCUAGUUGACACAGAAUUUCAGGUCAGUCAAGGUCAGAUGACACCUGUAUUGAUGAUGUCACCAAGAGUGGCACUAGCUAGGAGGCGUGGCCAAGCAGGAUUACAGCCGCCUAUUCAGCAGAUGAAUGUUGACGCCCAGCCCCUGUCACAGGCUGAGAUUCAGGCUCAUAGACAGAUAAUGCAUGUACAAAGACAGAUGUCCACUCCCCAGUAAUCCUGUCAUCCUGUCCAUGUUUGCUUAAUUGGCUCAAUAAUAUUUUCUUAUUACAGAUAUACAACCAUGUGAUUGACAUUUUUUAAAAGAUAAGAUUUAAUACAACAAACCUUGGCAGCAUUUCCUGGUUGUACAUUGUAGUUGUAAGAGGUCAUGACCUGGAAAAUGCUUGAAACUUUACCUUAUUCUUAGUCAUAUUUGAGCACCAUGUUGUUUGUAAUUGCAAUAUAUAUGUACCAUAUUUAUUUCAUACAUCUCUGUAAAACAUAUUUUUAUUUGCAUGCUACUUUUUACGUAUUUUUGUGAUAUUUUUGUACAUGUUUGAUAAAUUGAACACAAAUCAUGUAAAACAUUAUUUAAACUUUAUGUAAACUUUGUUUAUAGGUGGUAAAACUAGAUGGGCUUAGUCAUUAUAUGAUGAUAUAGCAUUAUGUUGUAGGUGUUUAACAUUGAUAUAGGUCUCUUUUUAAGUAAAUGGUAAAAUUAGAACUUAUUUGAAGCCUUUGAUGAAAGUAAUAUACAUGUAUAAAUUUGUGUCAGUGUGAACUUGUUGUUAUAAUGGAAAGGCUAUUAAUUUAUUACCCAGGAGUACAGUAAAAAUAUCCAUUUUUCUAUGGAUAGAAUACAAAUAUUUUAUGGCAUUAAAUUUUGUUAUUUGCUGUAUAUCAAUAAAGUAAGGCCUCUUGCUUGUUUUUAUUUUUUCAGUGAAUUCAUAGUAUCAGCAUUGCCUUGAUGAUAGAUUUUGCUUAAAGCCAAUACUGAAAUAUUUUAUUCUAAAUCUGCAAGAAGCAUAUUAUAUUAAAAACAUCUUUUGUCAGUACAUUUUCAUACUUGGUAAAGGUAUUGUGCAAAGGAAAAGAGGAUUUUCAAUCAAUAUGAGUUUUGUCAUGUAUUAUCAAACUUUACAUAUAAUUUAUACAAAAUUUGUUUCAGUUUGUGUAAGAAGCUAUAAGCUUGAUAUAGAAACACUAAAAUUUUUUCGG